GAUGCUGAUCAUGAAGUGAUGAGAAUGGAAACUGCAACAGAAGAUCAGAGCUAAUCAAAUGUUUUUCGGUCAUGUAACGGUCAAAGUGGCGGGGAUCAGCAGCUGAAACGAAAGCGCCUCGUAAGGAUCAAGCUAAGAACCAGGGUCUCCCCAGCUUACGUAUUUUGUUUAAUCUGCCCUCGCACUCUUGAAUGCGAGCUGUGUCUUUUCUCAUCUUUUAAGUCCAUUCCAGUAAUCUCAAUCUUAAUUUUCACAGCCUCAACUUCUUCACAGCCUCAUCAACACCCGUCAAAAUGUCGACCGUAUCGCCAGAAACAACAAACGCGGAUAUAAUCUCGCCUCCAAAAUACACAGCAAACGCUGAGUCCCCCAGAGACGAGAAAAUCGCAAUUGAACAACCAAAAGUUGACGACGAAAACCUCCCCGAGGUCGUUACCGAGCAAACCAGCCCAGCGCAAAUGAGCCCUCCCCCCGCAAGCGAAUACCGUCCUGUUUCGACCGUUUCUCCCGCACCGGAAAGCACAAUGAACUGGGACGGUACGCAAUCGCCGCCCAUCCUGCAGCAUCCUGCUCUUGCCCAGCAGCAGUACGCGGGCCAUCAGUCAAUGGUCAUUCCAGCGCAGCAAACACCACAGGUUCCCCCGGGAGAAACUGUUACGCCGUUGCAUUUGCUAGCUGACCAGGCUGAUACAAUGGAUUGUCCGUUUUGUCAGCGUCGCGCUGAGACAAAGGUUAAGAAAUCUGCUUCUUCAAUGACACAUAUUUACGCAACCGCUCUUUUCUUUACGACUCUUUUCGGUGUCAUUUUCCCUUACGCAUGUCACUGCGCGCCAAACAUUAGCCAUUUCUGCAAGAACUGCGGUCGCAAAGUCGCAUUCAAGGAGCGCGGUGGACAGAUGGAGGCACUGGGCACGCCUGAUCAUUUGAGGGAGGUCUCGAAGUAUCCAGCUGCUCCGCCUAAGCAGAAAUGAGCUAUUACGGGGGGUAAGGCGUUGGUAGCGAUCUAUUGUCUAAUCUAAUGUUGCGGCUCUUCUUCUGCGAGGAGAGGUGCUGUCUCGGGGGUCUUUUUGUCUUUCUUCAUCCCGUAGGAUGCGACUGUGUAGAUACCGAAAAUACCCAUGAAUGUACUGAAUGCGAAUGCGAGGAUGCCUUUGAGCGUGAAGCUGUGACUGUUAGCGGUGUCGCAUGAGAGAUUGGGGGACAUACCCUUCUGGAAGACGUGGUGGAGGGACGUUUUCGCCGGAGAGAUCGAGGAGAUCAGUGUUUCCAGCUGCGUUGCCGACGGUGGGAAUGUUGCCAGCUUUGCAUGCGUCGAGAUGGUUGUGGGGGAGUUUCAAUGAAGCUUGUAAUGCGAGGGGAUCUUCAACGAAUGUCGCGAUCAAUCCGGACGUGACGUGCCAUUCGAUAUGGCAGUGGAAUAGCCAGACACCUGAAGAUUAGCUUGGUUCAACACUCAAUCAGACGACAUACCUGGGUUGUCGGCCUUGAAUCUCAGCACCACAUUGCCAUUUCCGUUCACAACAACUGUAUCUCGUCUCAUCGGCGUCUCUGCAAACUCCACUGAUCCAUCAAAGUCACCAGCGUCAUCAUCGCUCCGAUGCAACACUUGAAAGUGAUGACCAUGCAAGUGAAAUGGAUGUCGUCCAUCAUCUCGGUUGUUAAUCACCAACUGCACGAUCUCAUCCUUCUCCAAGACAAAGCUAUGCGUAUACGUUCCAUAGAUAUGAGGAUUCGUCGCUUGCUUUCCACUCGUCAAUGCAGUGUAGAGUGUCGGAACCUUGGGAGCUUGGUAGGUGAUGUUGUUGAAGAAGGCAUAGUUUGCGCCGUCUCGGAGGUUAUCCAUGAUGACAUCCAGCUCAAUACUUCUGCUUGGUUCAGGAAGUCUAACCAUUUCAUCGUACGGCACAAGAUCCAUAUCAUCAUAAGGAUCAAAGUCGUAGACGACAGAUUGCUUGGGAAGAGGCUUUUCUUCAUCGUAUACAAGCCAACCUGUAACGUUCCAGUUGAGAUCAUCGGGGAGAACAUCGAAUAGAUCCUAAACGGUCAGCGACGUAAAUCAAAGAGUAACAAGCUUACAGUAUCCAUGCUCGCAACAAUAGGGAAGUUUGCUGAUGCGUCGUCCUUGGUUGCUAUCAACACACUGCAUCGUUGUCCAGCAGAUAAAUAAACCAUAUUCGCUUGUGCCGGCUUCGUGUAUGCACCAUCAACUUCAACAAUCGUCAUGUUAUGUCCCUCAAUCCAGAAAUACUGUCCCGCAAAAGCACCGAUAUUCGCCAAUCUCAAAAAGUACGUCUUGCCUGUUUGAACAGGCACUUUGAGAUCUUGAGUCUCGUUCAUGAGAGCUGCUUGAGGGACGGGCUCUGCACCAGUUGGGUUUCCUUUCCUCAUAAACUCUGGUAUUAACGUCUGCAUUUGAUCGUGAUACCAAUCUGAGAUAGUCAUGAUAAGUUCUUCGUCGUAUUUUCCUUUGAAAGGUGACUUUGAGUCGUGAAUGAUCAGAGGUCCUCUAAGUCCAUCAGGAUAUUGGCUUUCAGUGUGUGAGUGAUACCAAUAUGUGCCGGGUUGAGUGAUCUUUGAAGUCAGCAUAUUCUCAGUACAGAGAUAAGAGACAUACCGUAAAGUUAUAGAGAAAUGACUCUCCAGGUUGAAUAGGGCACUGCGUAACCUGCGACGGCCCAUCCAUAUGAUUCGAGCCAUUCAUGAAAAGCCCAUGAAAAUGCAAACUCGUAGACUGAUUCCCCAAAUUAUUCCUCACAUUAACCAAAACCGUAUCCCCAACACUCGCUUCAAUCCUCGGUAUCGGCCACUCUCCAUUAAUGCCUAUCGUCGACCUCUCAAACGCGCCAUCUGGAUUUGCUCGAACCCAAUCAAUAGAAAAGUCAUAAGACACCGUCGCAGCUAACGCCGCCGGCAACAAAGCCAACCGUAAGAUUCUCAUGUUGACUGGGGGAGGUUGGAGGAGGGAUUGGGGGAAGUGGAUCUUAU